AUGCCAUCCACAUCUACCGAUCCCCUUCCAACAUUCACCAUCUCCCCUCCUCCACUUCUCCUCCCCUCCGCCCACAUCACAACCAUCGAAACCGUCCCCACAGCUAUCAGCGCUGUAAUAACCACCCUCAUCCUCGCCCUUCUGGUUCUCUCCUUCACCAACAAGCACAACGCCAACUCCACGGCCAACAAAUCCGAACCCGAGCCCACUCCCCGCCGCCUCAGAAUCAGCGGACCACUUGGACUAGAACAACAAGGCGACACCACUUUGCAGCACAUACCAAACAACACAACCAAACCCCCUCUCUACGACGAAGGGAAAUGGCUAAGUGGCACGCUUAACGAGUUGCAAAUGAAAACGUUUGAUAAUCCCCCGUUGCAUCUACCGUCUCAGCAAACACCACUGUAUCCCGCAUACACCACCACACAAACCCAAUCACCCAUCGGACUCGACACUCUACACCCUGCCACCACUGUUUCUAAACCACGCGUUACCUACCACCGUGAUACGCAGCCUCUGCCUGCGUCGCCAGCCCAGCAGUUUCGACAGACCAUGACUAUUCCCAGGCGUCCGCUUCCGCUCGCCUCGGAGUUUAGAGAUGGCAGCACGGUUUGGGGGAGUAAACAGGAUAAGGGUGGUUUGAGGGAAGACUUUUCGUUUGAGGAUGAUGAGUUGGGGAGUCGGGAGGUGGGGUUGUUGGGGAGGCAUUGGGAGUAA